AUGUCUGACUUGGCCGAACAGCUGAUAGCCACUUAUGUUCCCACCACUGUUUCUACACCUGCACCUGCACCGGAUUCAAGCAAAGAACCGGUCACCUUCGAUCUGAUGCCAUUGGACUCUAAGCCAGAGACACAAAACUAUUCCUAUUUGAACAUGAAUACGGGAUGUUGUGCCGGUGAAAAUUCAUUUGCACCACUCACUUCGCCAUCUCAACCUCCUGGAGUGAUUCAUACUACUACCGAUACUUCUCUGAUUAACACGUGUGAUGAAUUAACGGCCUCAACGGACUGGACACCAGUGGUUACGACUACUACCACAUCGGAUACAAUCCCUACAGUUGCCACCUCAACGACUAACGGAAUACCCUGGAACGUGGACUCAUUGCUUUCCAAUUCCGACGAGUUUACCUCAUCGCAAGCAUGUCCCAAUUAUUCCCACACUCCUCCAAACACCCCAACAGUACCUGGGAGUGCAUUUGAUUAUGGGACUCCCAAGAAUUCUCAGUUACCCAUGAGAGUUCCACGAAUGUCAUACACGAGUACUGCCAAAAAUGCACCCGUAACAAACAGGCGUAGAAGACCGGCGGUGAAUCAAUCCACAGUUGUUCACCGAUGCGAAUACAGUGGUUGUCAAAAAAGCUAUUCAAAGAGUUCUCAUUUGAAGGCUCAUAUUCGUACGCACACCGGUGAAAAACCCUAUGCAUGCUUGUGGCCUGAUUGUGGAUGGCGAUUCGCUCGAUCUGAUGAAUUGACUAGGCAUAGUCGAAAACACACGGGAGUCAGACCGUUUCAUUGUCGUCUAUGUCGUCGUACAUUCGCUCGUAGCGAUCAUUUGGCGUUACACACCAGGAAGCAUGACAUGUGA